AUGUUUGUGAUCCAGUUCUUCUUACUUUUUCUUAUUUUCCAACCUAUUUCUAUGGCAAUUCAACGUUUACCAGCAAUAUCUCUUAAAGAACAAAGUUCAAUCGGAACAUCUAUCUAUGAUCUCCGUCGUGUGUAUUCGUCUUCAUCCAACUUCUACAAGUUUUCAUUUAUAUCCGACUCCAGUCCGCAUAAUUCGUUUUUUAUGAUUGAUUCCUUAACUGGACGUAUCUCUGUCAAACGUAUGAUCGAUCGCGAGGAACUCUGCCAAACGCAUAUCUGUAAUUGUGAACGAUGCGUCUUAACAUUGGAAAUAAUCGCAUCAUCGAAGACCAUUGAUAUCUUAUCAUUAGACGUCACAAUUGAAAACAUAAACGAUAAUUCUCCGAAAUUUCCCGUCUCAACAUUUCAAAUCCGUCUAUCGGAAAACACUGAUAUCGGUCAUGUAUCAUCGUUUCCAUCAGCAACUGAUUUGGAUUAUCAAGAUCGUCUGGAAUAUCGUAUUCUUCCGUCUGACGAAUCGAAUGACGAGGAUUUAUUACAAACAUUUGCUAUUGUUGAUCUACAUACAGAAAAUCAACUCGGAUUACGUCUACUGAAAUCUCUCGAUCGCGAAACGCGAAAUUUCUACAAAAUGAAAAUCUUAGCGACCGACGGUGAACAAACCGGCGUUCUAUCACUUGAUAUUCAAGUGCUCGAUUCAAAUGAUAAUGUUCCAAAGUUCGAACAUGAACAAUAUCACAUCAAACUACGCGAAGAUGCUGCUAUCGGAUCAGAUAUUCUUCAUGUACAUGCCUAUGACAAUGAUGAAGGUUUAAACGCUUUAAUUAACUAUACAAUCAUAACUGACACACCGGCCGUGUCGUUUCCAUUUGAAGUCAAUGUUACAACAGGUGUUAUCAAAAUUCGUCAAGCAUUAGAUUAUGAACAUGAGACGAAUUAUCGAUUCAAUGUCCGUGCACGAGAUAAUGGACCGGAUGCAAUUAAUGUUUAUACUCAAAUUCAAAUUGAUAUUCUGGAUGUCAAUGAUUGCCCACCAGAUAUUGAUUUUAUUCUACCGGAUGCCGAUCCGAGUAAAAUCGAUCCACGAAAACAUAUAUUCUACAUCGAAGAAGAACAACCUGUCAAUACGCGUUUAUUUCAUUUAAGUGUGAGUGAUAAAGAUUCUAUCAAUGAUAAAAUUAUCUUAAAAUUAUUAACAUACAAUAAUUUAUUUCAAUUGAAUGAACAAUUCAAUGAUCUGUACAGUUUAUCGAUUAUCGGAAGGCUCGAUAGAGAACAACAAGAACAAUAUCGUUUAACUUUUGAAGCAAGAGAUCAAGGUACGGGUCCAUCAUUAAUUACUCAGAAAGAUAUAACUAUCCUUCUUAUCGAUAUCAAUGAUUCUCCUCCAACACUCGAUCCAUAUCCGACACCCAUCAGUAUCAAGGAAAAUAAUCUUCCCAGCAGUCAACUUGUUCAAUUUCAUGCACAAGAUCUCGACGCUCCGAAUACAUCCAACAGUCUUCUAACAUAUUCUCUAAUUGCAUCGAACACUUCUCGUUUAUUUCACAUUGACUCUUUCACAGGAGUUCUUUCAGCCGCAAAUAACAUUUCAUUUGAUUACGAAACUCAAUCGAAAUACGAUUUAGUAUUGAACAUCAGUGAUCAUGGAACACAUCCAAAACGUCUGGAGACUCUGCAUUCAUUUAUUGUCUAUAUCAAUGAUACUAAUGAUAAUCAACCAAAAUUUGAACAAGAAUCCUAUUCAUUUCGUGUUCAAGAAAAUAUUCCGAUUGGAACGUUAAUUGGUCAACUCAAAGCGACUGAUCGCGAUACAAACACAACGAUUCACUAUGAGCUCACAUGUAUUGAUGAUCAGGAUGUUUUCGAAAUUGAUUUAUUAACUGGAAAGCUACGUACAAAAGCUCUACUUGACUUCGAAACUCAUCCCAUCCAUCGAGUAUAUGUUACUGCUAAAGACAAUGAUUACCGUCAUUCCGAUCGUGUCACAGUUACAAUUGAAUUAAUUGACGUCAACGAUAAUACACCACUCGUUGAUUCGCCACCGGCCAUCUAUAUUCCAAGUGAAUUGAUACCCACAAAUUUAACAAAAAUGAUUAUGAUUACGACAAUCACUGCUCACGAUCGUGAUGAUGGCAUGAAUGGCAAUCUAACGUAUGUCAUAAUUGAUGGAAAUCAAAAUGAAUAUUUUCACAUAAAUGAAUUUAAUGGAACGAUCUAUGCGCAAUCGAACAAUUUACCACAAGGACAUCAUCGUCUGACAAUCAAAGUCUGUGAUCAAGGUGAAUCAUUCACAAAAUGUUCAACAGCCAAUGUUAAUAUAAAAAUCGGUGAAUAUAGCGAAAAAAUCUUCUACACCACAUCAUUGACGUCCGAACAAUUGGCAAAAGAUGAUCUUCAACGUAAAGAAUAUUUUCAUAAUCAUGAAACAGUCUUUACACGUGAAAUGAUUCUUGUUGUCAUCAUCUCGACAAUCUUAACAUUGAUAUUUAGUAUUACAAUGGGUAUUUUAAUCGCCUUUUUCUGCAAACAAAAACGAUGUCGACACAUCCAUCGAACAUCGUUGAAAAAACCAUGUGAAAUGCUUCAAUCGACCGAUGCGGACAAACUCCUAACGACCAGCAAAAAAUUAAUGGCAAAUCAUCAUCAUCAUCAUCUUGAACCCUAUGAUGAUAUCAAAACUUGCGCGGGAGUUGGAAGUGGCGGAAGUUCGGAAGAUAGUUGUUAUGGAAGCAAUGAUUUAUCUCGAUCAAGUUCAAGUGCUCACGCAGUUGCUCGACCUCUACUUACAGCGCAACACCGUUCAUCGAGUUUGAGCUCUACAAGUGUUGAUUAUGCUGUACCAGCCCAACGACAUCAAUCAUCGAUUAAUAACAAACCAUCAACAGUGGUUGUUGUAGGUAUUCAUCAAUCAACUGGAUUUCAUGAUGAUAAUGUUCACCAAUCACAGCAUUUGAAAACAUUUCAUUCACCUGCAGCAUCGUCGACAUCAUCGACUCAUUCGACUUUCAAAAAAACUGUUCAAUCACUCACGAGGAGACCUGUCGCUGAUUUACAAUCGACGUAUUUAACAUACGAUUCGAUCGACACACCACCUCCUCCUCCUACAACUGUAAAUUAUGCGAAAAAUUCAUCGAUAACAUCACGAGAAUACAGUAUUUGA